AUGUGUGCGGCCAAGACGGCCGCCACCGCCGCUGUCGUUUGGCACCGCGUGGCCGAUCUCCGGCACACGGCACGGCAUCGUUUUGUCGCGGGCUCGACUAAGUUCAAAGUGGCGGCCAAUCACCAUUCCCAUCAUCAUCAACGGGCCGCGUACCCGGCAGACGCCGGCCGGCCAAACGAUUACCUGGGCUACUGCGACCCGGCCGCGGUCAACCUGUGGCGCAUGGUGGUGCCCCGCGGCGGUCCGGCAGCCGAACCCGUGCCCGCCGCGCCACCGCUCACCGAACCGCACUGGGGCUACGGGCCUUGGAGUUCGGUGCCCGCGCCACCAGUGCGUCACCCCCACGGCACCAAGAGACACUACAACGAGAGUGACGACUGCGACGACGCUUUUUCCGAAGAGUCCAGCAAAGACCAAUGUUCGUCGCCCGGUGACGGCACCGAAACACCACACUCGUUGACUAGGAAGAAACGGCGGGGAAUCAUCGAGAAGAGGCGCCGGGACCGGAUAAACACCAGCUUGUCCGAACUCAGAAGACUUGUGCCCACCGCCUACGAAAAACAAGGGUCGGCCAAGUUGGAAAAGGCCGAAAUACUGCAGCUCACGGUCGACCACUUGAAAAUGAUCCAUUCCAAAGGUCUGGACACUUUGGCCUACGACCCGUCCAAGUACGCGAUGGACUACCACAACAUCGGGUUCAGAGAGUGCGCCGCCGAAGUGGCUAGGUACUUGGAGUCGGUGGAAGGGCUCAACGGACGGGACCCGUUGCGCGAACGUCUGUUGUCGCACCUGCAGUACUACAGCGCUCAGAGGGAGUAUGUGGCCAAGUCGCCGGCCGCCACGGCUGCACCGCCGCCGUCUUGGUACGGCCACCACGCGCCUCCGCCACCGUCUGCGGGCGCGGCGUUACAUCACCAUCACCAACAGUACCCGCCGACCAUCUCGCCACACCAACCGGCGACGUCACAACCUCCGCCACCAUCCAGUCACAACAACAAUAACAACAACAACAACAAUAACAACAGCAACAACAACAACAACUACGAAACGUCAGUGGCCGCGCCGGCCGACAUCAAAUCAUCCGCCGGCGACGCUGGCGGCACUCUGACCGCCCUGACAUCCGUGCCGGAUUAUCAUCACCACCAACACGAUUACCAUCACCAGCAGCACGACGGCAAUCAAUUGCACAACCUGCAACCGGUCGCGCCGCCCAUGCACCAUCAACAGCCGCCGCCACCACCCCCGCCGCCGACCUACCACGACCUGCACCACGGUCUGCAACCGCACCAACAACAACAAUACGAAUCCGCAGACUCGUCGGUGUCUUCACAAAUGAAACCGUACAGACCGUGGGGUGCCGAAGUGGCCUAUUAACGAUCGGCCGGCAUAUUAUAUGUGUACCACCGGGUAGGCCCGGUAGGCGUAACAUAACUGACGGUUAUGUUUCAAUAAAGAUUAUUGUACAUGUUUGGUAUUUUAUCGCUGUGAUUAAAAAUGUGUUCUCGAUUAGUAAUACUAAAAUAUUAGUUUAUAUUUUUGUAAAUAUUUUUUUAUUUUAAUUUUAAGCUCAACCUUAUUCUAGUCAUAUAUUACAUGUAUACCGGCCAAAGAAAAAAAAUGUAACUCUUUAAGUCUUAAGGAACCGCGAUCUCCUUAAAAAUAUAAUCGUAGUCGAACGACACGAUAAAUUAUUAUAAUGUAUAAUUACUUUUUCAGAGUAUUUCAAUAUGGAUUUUUUUAAAUUUAAGCGUUUACACCGAA